AUGGUUAAAACUUUGUUAAGUGAUGCCAAUGCCUUUGUAGAAGUUAAUGGUAUAAGAUCUCCCAGCUUUGCUCUCACUAGAUCAAUUAGGCAGGUAUGUCCCCUUGCCACUGCCUUAUUUGUCCUUCUUGUUGAUGCUAUGUUCUAUAUCCUAAAUGAUUUCUCUAUCACUCCACCUGUUAAAGGAAUCUCCCUCCCUAAUAGAGAUGAAAUUGUUAAUAUUCAAUUUGCAGAUGACACUGCAAUUUUGCUUAACCUAAAAGAGGAUAACCUUGAUGCACUUUUGAAAAAUAUUGAACUGUUCUGCCUAGCAUCUGGUAGUAGAAUUGCUUUGCAUAAUUCUAGUCUUCUUGGCUGGGAGGACAACCCCCCAUGUUGGUUCUCCAAAUUCUCCCUCAAGUGGUUGGGCCCAAGACAGAUUGUCAGAUACCUUGGCAUCCCAUUUUCUGUUCUACCAAAUUUGAAGGAGAUGUGGGAUUGGGCAAGAAACAAAAUUGAUAAGAAGCUCUCCAAAUGGAACAUAAAUUUUCUUUCCCUUGCUGGAAGAUUCUAG